AUGCUUAGAUCCUUCACAAGACUUUGCACUUCUCUAUAUCCUCAACAGCUUCCGUUCAACUUUCGCGUAUGCACAUGCAACAUCAACUGUGUUCGUAGUCAUGCAACCUUAGUCGAUCAAGUAUCAGCCCCACUCCGUGAACUAACUGCUAGACGCAGACGGCAGAAAGAGUGGACUUAUGUAGAGAAGAACGCUUUAGCUACCUUAGUACGUAAAUUUGGUGGGGACUGGAUACGUAUUGCUGCCGAGUUUAUCGACAAGACACCAGAGGAUUGUUAUAAACAAUGGGCUAAUAAUAGGGCUUCCAGUAAUGCCAAAUAUAGAGUAGGAAGACGUUAUUACUCUAGUAGGAACAGAUGGACAAUGGAGGAGAAACAGAAGCUCUUGGCGUUAAUAUUAAAGUAUGGGAAAAAAUGGGUGAUUAUUUCGGAGGAAUUUCCUAACCGGUCACCUGCUGCCUGUGCUGCCCUUGCGGUGAAAGAUAAGCUUACUAUGGUUGUUCCGCCUGAUCCAUAUACGCAGCCAAAUCAGACAAAAUGGACGAGCAGUGAAACGAAAUUGUUGAAUCAACUUAUAAAGAAACAUGGUAGAGAUCUGAAUGCUAUUGCAACUAAAUUUCCCGGAAGAACUUUCAAGGGUAUUUUAAAUUAUGUUCGCCGACAUAUUGAUAGACUUCCUGCACUGUGGGACACUGAUUCAUAUUCCUUGCGUGAAAUUGAUCCACCAUGGACGAAAGAGGAAGAAGAAUUGCUGAUAGAGAUGGUUAAUCUAUUUAACAAUGCAGAUUUAGUUUCUGGAUACUUUUACCUAAAGUCACGGCAAGGUGUCCGUCUAAAAAUCAAGCAGUUGUGGGAAGAUGGAAGGAUAUGUGUAGAUGGUAAUUUUGGUGACAAUUUUUGUGACGCUAAUGUCGGAAAUAGUAACAAUAGAAAGAAUAAUAAAGAUGCCGAGACUAGCACUACUUCCGUUGACGAAGAUGAAGAAUUGCACGAUUUUUUCAAUAGUGCCGAGUUCUAUGAACAUUUGCAAGAUGUGUCAUUACAAACUGAUUAUAUAACAAAGAAUGAUCCGGCUGCACCAUUUGUUAAUUGGGAGAGAAUGGAGACUGCUAAUUUGAUACGUCUGUAUAGUCAACAUGGACCGGAUUGGAAACAUUUCGCUAAAUUAUUGCCAGGUAGAACUGCAUUUUCGUGUAAAAUAAGGUGCUACUCACUCAUGACUAGACGUGCAAAGACAAAUAAUCGCUGGUCGGUCAAAGAGGCUUAUAUGAUUAGAGAGAUAGCCAAGCAUAUCGGGUACAGAUGGGAUGUUUUAUCCAAGUAUUUACAAGGAAGAUCGUAUGCCGAAUAUGCUUCAAGAUGGACCUCGAAGCGGACCGGUAUAAGAUUUUAUGAUAAGAUGCGAUUGUUACCAGAGGAUGAAACGAAUAGAAUAAACACUAUCCUUAAUCGAUAUGGGCCUGAUUGGGGCGCUAUCGCUGAACUCACUGGCAGACAUCCUACGCUAUUGAAGGCAUACGUGGAAAUUCACCCGGAUCUAUUUCCUGCCUCUGCAGCGUUAAAGGAGAAACAAUUUUUCAGUAGGAGAUAUUCGCGAUGGAGUUCAUGGGAGAUUAAACGAGUAAAUGAUGCUCUUCGUGAACACGGAAGGAAUUGGGUACAGGUGGCCUCUAAAGUUCCGGAUAGAUCCUUAUCAGCAGUUAGGAUGUUUGUGCAAUGUCAUAGGGAGCUGUUUUCUAAUUAUCCGAUUAAUUAUAGACCUUCACGUCCCAGAUGGUCUAAUGACGAGGUGCAGAAACUGUGCCAGUAUGUGACCCAGUAUGGUAGAAGAUGGCGCGCGGUAGCUGAGUGUCUACCGUUAAGGACGCCGGACGCAUGCAAGAGGAAGCACUUUGAGAUUAAUCAUACCGAAUGUCUGACGGCUAUAAUGCUUAGUCGACGACGGAAGAUGGACUCUGCCUCCACAAACACAAUGUAG